GAUGUGCCAAUUAUUUUUUAGCAGUCGGACUGGAGUGUUACAGUUGAAGGCAAUAACUGGCUAAAUGGAUUCUUGGCUUAGAGUUUUGAAAACUUGCAUAUUGCUGCAAGUGAUUCAUGGAACCCACGCAAAUAAUGGUGAAGUCUCAUCUUUCCAAUUGCUCGCGAGGCUGUCAUUUCCUACGGUAGAAACGAAGCCUUACAACAUGCCAAGCAGCAAGGAAAUCGACCCUCGUCACAGUUACGCUGAUGAGAAGUUUGACAGUCUUCUCAAGUAUUCCACUUUGAUGACCAGUCGUAUUAAGGAGCCGCAUAAUCCGACCGAACGAAAGGAUAUCCUGUCUCAAGUUGAAAAGAAACUGAACACAUUUAUUGAUGUACAUAUCAAAGAUCUGAAGAGGUUACUGUUCGCGACGGACAUGGCUCUCAUGUCGAUGGUCCUGCUGAAGCUGAACAAGAAGAUGGACACUUCUGAAGCGAAGAUCAAGUCCACUCAAGCUAAGAUUCCGUUCGGGCUAUAUACCAGUCCUGAAUUCAAAUGCCUCGGCACGUCGUAUUACAUAGCGUCAGCACACAACCAAGAGGAUGUACAAAUGAUUUUGUCGAGUGAACGAAAGCCCCAUUGUUAUACGUUUCGAGGUGCGUUCGCAUUCUCCGGUUUCUACCACCGACAUUCGGAGACAACGUACGUCGGGCCUCAUGCGGAACAGUUUCAGGCCAAGGAUCCAAGCCAGGGUCUAUACUGCCAGUCUGAUGACAACUGGAGCGACGCGCAGUGCAUUUACAAGAUAAACCCGCGCGAGGAGUUUCCCGAAUCCGUGGAGUAUGAACCGAAGAUUUCGUACUGGUGCGGCCCGUAUCGUUACUUCUUGCCAGCCACAACAGACAUUCGAUGCAUCUUCUCCAUUUUCUCCAUGAACUUCAUCUUGCGGUUCGGAUUCGACGGCGUCACUUACAAAAGCUCGGAUCUCUCUUUCAUGUACCAGAAUGGUCAAGUGUUCUACACAGACGAGCCUUGGGCGGGAAUGUCCUGCUGGAACUGGGCGUGCAAGUGGAGACACAACCAGAACCAAAGAUCUAAUGAGUUUUUUGUUAAUUAGAUGAAUACAUUGUUUUGAAAUAUAA